AUGAGACUGCUACCUUCUCUAGGAAUAUGUCUUGCGCUGGGCGGUGCCUGGCUGAAAGCUGUAGAUGCAAAGUCAGCAACCGGAGACCGUGUACUAGUCCUAGUGCCAACAACCGAGUCCGCAAAACAGUACACGCACUUUCUCGGCACCCUCGAAACACGCGGCUUUGACAUCUCAGUGAGGGCAGCCUCAAACUCAUCCGUGGCUCUGCACCUGGAUGGAGAGCGCCUGUAUGACCACGCGAUUCUCCUCUCACAAUUUAUUCGGUUCGUUGAUGAUGGCGGAAACCUGCUUGUGGCCGCGUCCAGCGAGCUCAGUGAUUUCCACCGCAAGCUUGGCGCGCAGUUCGGUGUUGAGUUUGAGAAGCGCGGGAGCCGGGCUAUUGACCACGUCAGUCAUUUGAGCGAGAAUGGCUCUGAUGAUCACUCGGUUGUUGCUGCCCACCGGUUCUUCGGAGUGCCCGCUGUGCUGCCCUCACUUUUGGCGGAAAGAAUCCGGUACUGCCAAGAACCCGCUGCUUGUGCCCGUGUUGGUUGGAUCACCACCACAUACUCAGGAAAUGCUGCCACGGGCGGUGACAGCGAUAACAAGGCUCUGAGUCCCAUGGAUACACCAUUGAGCGGCAAGGCACUUGGUUUGGUCAGCGUGUUCCAGACACGCAGCAAUGCCCGCGUGGCGUUCUCCGGCAGCACAGAGCUCAGCAACACACAGUUUGUUGCCGAGGUCUCAAAAUGGGUUCUGCAGGAAAAGUCUGUUUUGCGCGAAACCGGACACCGCCACCACCUGUUGUCGACCGGCGAGAAGCCUGAAUACUAUCGGAUUGGUAACGAGAUGGUGUACGAGAUUGAUCUCUCAGUGUACCGCGAUGACGCCUGGCAUCCGUAUGUGGCCAAUGACGUGCAGUUUGAAGCCAUCAUGCUUGACCCCUAUGUUCGUUUGACUUUGAACCGCACACUGUCGACUGACUCCAAAUCACCGAUGGCGACGUACCGCGGUGAUAUCAAGCUUCCAGAUAGAUACGGCACGUUCACUUUCCGUGUUAAUUACAAGCGCACCGGAUACUCCAACGUUGAUGUCAAGGACACUGUUGCCAUUUGGCCGCUGCGUCACGAUGAGUAUCCGCGCUUCCUCACGGCCGCGUACCCGUACUACACUAGUUCCUUUGUGAUGAUCAUCGGGUUCCUGGCGCUCAGCGCCGCAUGGUUGUGGAACGCUGAACCCAGGGCCAAGGCCAAUAUCAAGGACGAGGGGAAGACCAAGGCCAAGAACAAGACAAAGCAGUCCGCCACAUCAAAGCCAAAGUCAAACUAA